UACAGUGAGCCAUACAGCAGUGGUUCGUCUUGCCUUGCCCGCCUCCUGCAAAACCUUGUUCAGUGGCAGCCGUCCAUUUCCUCUCUCCCUGUAGCGUUAGCAGACCAGCGUUCCCCACUGAAACAGACAUGGCCGACCAACUAACAGAAGAGCAGAUCGCCGAAUUUAAGGAGGCCUUCUCCCUGUUCGAUAAGGACGGAGAUGGGACAAUCACCACUAAGGAGCUCGGCACCGUGAUGAGGUCACUGGGUCAAAACCCGACCGAAGCCGAACUCCAGGACAUGAUAAACGAGGUGGACGCAGAUGGCAACGGGACCAUUGAUUUCCCUGAGUUCCUUACUAUGAUGGCGAGAAAAAUGAAGGACACUGACAGCGAGGAGGAGAUAAGAGAGGCGUUCAGGGUCUUUGAUAAGGACGGCAAUGGUUACAUUAGCGCUGCAGAGCUGCGUCAUGUCAUGACUAACCUGGGAGAGAAGCUGACGGAUGAGGAAGUAGACGAGAUGAUCAGAGAAGCAGACAUUGAUGGAGACGGUCAGGUCAACUAUGAAGAAUUUGUUCAGAUGAUGACCGCCAAAUGAACUGGGCUCACAGUAAAGACAAAGAAUCAGUCAAAUGUUUCACUUACCUCUUAUUGCAAAAAUCUACAUUUAUUCAUACUGUUCUGUAUAGACAACUUAAACUGAAUGUUGGAAAAACUGAAAUUAUGUCCAUAUAAACAAGCUCAAAAAGACAAAAAGAAAAUCCUAAA